GAGUAGCAGGCAGUGGUGAUCUUAGAGAUAUUUUCUGUUUCUGGAAAAUGAAAAGGGAGAGAGGAAGAGGUUUGGUUGAUCUACUGCCGAUCAGUUGCUGAGUAUUUUAUUUAAGAAGGUUUGUUUGUUUGUUUUUUGGUACACCCUCUUCCUUGUGAUCCUGUGAAGCCAGAAGAGGCAAGGAAGAUAAGCUGAGGACAGAAAUAGAAGAAGAGAUGGGACAUCCACAUGCUUAUUAAGUUCUGCUUUGUGAACGGCGGAAGAAGAUUGUCAAAUUGGCUGAAAGAGCGAGUUCUCAAUAACGUGUCACAUGGAACUAGCAUCAAGUUAGAAACCUGAUAAGAUACAGUUAUCAUCAGAUAUUCCGUGGGCUUAAUACCAAAGGAGAACUUUUCUUUUAAAGCAACUACAAGAAGGGGACAACACAAAAGUGAAGAAUAAUGGAUGGUCCUGAAUUUUCAGUGCGUUACAAUGUGUAAACAGCCUUCUGAUUAUGGAGAACCUGCACUUAAGGAGCAAAGCCCCAGCAACCAGACAUCAAUAACAAUGAUGCAAGAGCCUCAGGAGAUGGUAGAGGAGACGGUUACUGUUGAGGAAGACCCGGGUACUCCUACUUCCCAUGUGUCUAUUGUGACUUCAGAAGAUGGAACCACAAGGAGAACUGAGACUAAGGUCACAAAAAUGGUCAAAACAGUCACCACUAGAACAGUUCGCCAGGUCCCCCUGGGGCCCGAUGGUCUGCCGGUAAUGGAUAGCUCCUCUCCCAUGGGCAGCUACACAGAUUCAAUAGACAGAAGAUACAUGAAGAAUGGUGAGCGUUACAUCACACCACAAGCUUCAUCCACGUUGACCAGAUCUUACAAUAGCUACGAUUCUUAUCCCGACGGCCACGACAGCCAGUAUCGCCCUUUUAUCAGCCACGAUGGCUAUGGAGACCUAGCUGACAAUUAUGGCAGCUUGUCCCGUGGCAUCAACUACCGUCCUCGCUAUGCCUACAUGCCAGGAAACAGUUACCGGCCAGAGGAUGGUAGUUUCACCUUGCCAAGCAGGAGGGAUAACUAUGGUCCCAUGGCCCAGCCCCAAGUGCCAACAGGCAGCAACGUUGACUUGAAUCGCUCCCAGCCAGAACGUUUCCAGCCAGAGCCUUAUGGGUUGGAGGACGAUAACCGGAGCCUCGGGGUAGAUGAUGAAGGGUAUGAACUGGACCCAGAUUACUCCACAGUGAACCGAAGAACAUCUGCAGGGGUGCCUGAGAGGGGGAGACCUCACAAAGGAAGGGGCUACGAUGACCCUGUUGAGUCAGAGAUGGUUGACGAGAGGAUCCCUUACCUUCACGGUGGCUACGCAGCACCAUUAGCACAGCCAGAGAGGGGGAGCAUGGCCAGCAUCGAACGCCUGGGCAAGCGUUCCCCCUCCAUUGACAGCAUCCGCAAAGACCCCAGGUGGCGGGACCCUGACCUCCCUGAAGUGAUUGCCAUGCUCAGUCACCCCAUCGAUCCAGUCAAGUCCAACGCGGCAGCAUACUUGCAGCACCUGUGCUAUGAAAACGAUAAAAUAAAAAAGGAUGUGAGGCAUCUGAAAGGGAUUCCCAUCUUGGUGGGUCUGCUAGAUCACCCAAAGCCAGAGGUCCAUCGCAAAGCUUGUGGGGCUCUCAGAAACAUCUCUUACGGGAAGGAUAAUGAGAACAAGGUGGCUAUAAAGAACUGCGAUGGGAUCCCGGCAUUGAUCAGGUUAUUGCGGAAGACAAACGACAUGGAAGUCAGAGAGCUCAUUACAGGCACUCUUUGGAACUUAUCAUCCUAUGAGCCCCUGAAGAUGGUGAUCAUUAACCAUGGCCUUCAGACACUGACAAACGAGGUGAUUAUCCCCCAUUCCGGAUGGGAGAGCGAGCCGAAUGAGGACUCUAAGCCUCGGGAUGCUGAAUGGACCACGGUCUUCAAAAACACAUCUGGCUGCUUGCGGAAUGUAAGUUCAGAUGGCGCAGAAGCUCGGAGAAGACUAAGAGAGUGUGAUGGCUUAGUGGACGCUCUCCUUCAUGCUCUACAGUCUGCAGUCGGCAAGAAGGAUACAGAUAACAAGUCUGUGGAGAACUGUGUGUGCAUUAUGCGAAACCUUUCAUAUCACGUCCACAAAGAGGUCCCAGGAGCUGACAAGUACCAAGAGCUGGAUGCAAAUCAGCCAACCAGCACAGGAAGCUCUCAGAAGAAGAAGAAAGAUGACGCUGGCUGCUUUGGAGGGAAGAAAGCUAAAGGAAAGAAAAAUGGAGAUCUGGACAGGAACUUUGAUACACUUGAUUUGCCCAAGCGGUCGGAAGCAGCAAAAGGCUUUGAAUUGCUCUACCAGCCAGAGGUGGUCCGGCUCUACCUCUCGAUCCUCACUGAAAGCCAGAACUUCAACACUUUGGAAGCUGCAGCAGGGGCUUUGCAGAAUCUCAGUGCUGGAAACUGGACAUGGUCCACGUACAUCCGUGCAACAGUACGAAAGGAGAGAGGCUUACCAGUCCUCGUUGAGCUUCUUCAGUCUGACUCUGACAAGGUUGUGAGAGCUGUGUCAAUUGCACUGAGGAAUCUGUCUAUGGAUCGUCGCAAUAAGGAUCUCAUAGGUAGUUAUGCCAUGGGUGAACUGGUAAGAAAUUUGCCUAGCAGGCAGCAGAGAUCUGCUAAAAACCUGGAAGAGGAUACAGUGGUUGCAGUCUUGAAUACCAUCCAUGAAAUCAUUACUGACAGUUCAGAAAAUGCAAAGUCCCUGAUCCAGACACAGGGCAUUCAGAAGCUGGUAGCUAUCAGCAAGUCAAGCCAGUCCCCGAGGGAAACAAAGGCAGCAUCUCAUGUUCUUCAGAUGGUCUGGAGUUACAAAGAGCUACGAAAUGUCCUACAGAAGGAUGGAUGGAACAAAUCCCAUUUCCAGUCUGUUUCUGCAGCACCAAAGGGAUCCAAAGGUACUUCGGGCAAAUCUGGCUAUGAUGAUAGUACUCUGCCACUGGUGGAUAAAAGCCAAGAUAAUGAGAAGGCUGGAAGCCGUGAUAUGAUUCCUCUGGAUGAACUUGGUCCAGAUGGGUACUCCACCAUCGAUCACCGGGACAAAGAGCGCAAAUACAAGACCAAUGACAAUAUAGGGGAUGCAUCGGAAAAAGAGCCUUUAAAAAAUGACACAAAUAGGAAAAACAUUAACAGGAGUAACAGGGCUUCGGUGAAUCUGGUGGAUGCCCGUGACAUUAAACCCCAGCCUGUUGACUCCUGGGUCUAAUUUGCAUGCAUGGGGGAAAAAACAAAUUUCAACCAACACAGAGGAUCUCAUUAAUCACCACUGCCAUUCAGAUUCGGAGGGCGCUGCAUCAGUGAACAGUCUGCAGAUUCUAGGAGGGUGUGGGGAGAAAACAGACAACUGCCAUCAGCCAACCCCCGGAGCACCAUGCCUUACAGCAAGACAGUUUGCUUUUUAAAACUCAAUGACAUUCCCACCAGACACAGCCACCUCCCUCCCCGCUCAAAAAAGAAAGAAUCCAAGCUUACAUCUAACUGGUUAGGUUCUUAGAUGACUCUUAAAUGAGGAUGGUGCCAAGGAUGAGAAGAGAAGGUCACGUGGUGGGAAAGAGGACAGCUUUGCAAGUGAAAGAGGAACUGCAGAAUAUUUGAAAUAUAUCUUAGGUAUAGUCAUGAGGAAACUAGCACUUUUCAUUUGUUUUUGUUUUUUUGGGUUUUGUUUUGAACUGUGAAUUUAAUUUUUAAAAGAUUUUUAUAUUAGGGAGUUUGGUUUUUUUGGUUUUGAGCUUUUAUUUGUUUUUGGGGGGUUUUUUGUUUGUUUUUUUCCACAAGAAAUGCAGGAAUGUUGAGUGGGUUUGUUGGAUUUUAAUGAAAGGAGAGAAACUAUUUACGCUGGUUGAACGAACUGGAACGUAGACCGCGAAGUUGAUGCGAGCUGUAUAAUCUGCUAUUAGAGUAAGCGACAUCACACUGUGCUAUAUUAUCAUUAUAUUCUGGUGUAAAAUACUUCUGCCUUUUGACUUCUGUAAUGGUUCUAUUUUUACUUCCACAUAUGUAAACAGUUUGUUGAAGGUUUCACUGUCCCAAUUCAGAAAUCUGUGCUGAGAAAUGGAGUUGGCUGUCUUUUUUUAUUUUUGUUGCUCAUGAUGAUUGCUGUGAAGGAGUUGCUUUCCCCCACCCCCAGUGUUGAUGUUGGGUUAAUGGUUAUUUAAUCUUUAACAUAAUUUUAUUUCCCAUAGCUGUUAACACAUAGGGGAAGAAUGGAAGCUUCCUCAUUAGGGAGUUCCCAUUAGAACAUACUGUAAUCUUCAGAGGGGUCAGCCCCUUGUAUUUUUGAUGAUAGACUCAGUUGUUAUUGGAUCCAUGCGUGUUUUGGGCUGUCGAGCCUGAUGAAAAGUGCUACAAAGGGAACUGAUAUAUUUUUUAAAGAAAUCAUCAUCCUGGUUUUGUUGUGUUGCUUUUUGUUUUUUGUUUUGAGGUUGCACACUUAAGUAAGGGUCAAAUUCAGCCGCUUGCUGAGGGUCUACUCAAAGCCACCUGGUAGGCCGUAGGCAGACUCUCUGCACAAGGGUGAAUUUUUGCCCCCCACAGUCACAUUUUACACAUACGCUAUCUGAUGAUGCUAUGUAUUAAAUGGAAAUCACUGAUUUCCUUCGGGUUUUGAUCCAAUGAGGGAGAAGGAUGAAAACAAGACUCAAAUCUCUCUCCUAGCAUUGGAUGGAUACCUUUUACUUACUUUGUUUAGUUACCAUUGUCAUUUGGUUGCCAUGUUUACACCUACAAGUUCUUAAAUACAGUGUGAUUGGAAAGCACAUUUUUGAAUCAAGCAAACUUAAUUUUGGGAUUUCAGUGCCUGCCGUUUCCUUUGUAAUUUAAAAAUAAAAAACCCACAACAAAAAACAAAAUAUUACUGUAAUAGUAAACGUCUAAUUUUUUGUACAAAAUUAAAAAACUAAAAAAAAGCAAGCAUCAAGAGCUUUGUAUCUUCUUGAGUAUAAUAAAAUUUGACAAAUACAUAUAUAAAAAUAAAUAUAUAUAUAUAUAUAUAUAUAUAUAUAUGCGCGUAUAGUUGUGCAGAGGAUAGGUUGCCAAAAUGGUGUGAAGUAGUAUGCAGGAGGACUAUUGGUUCAGGGAAAGACUGAUGCCCAAGCUACACACACUAACUUGCUCCCCCUUCCCAUCUCACGCACAGAGGGGUUACAUCUGGGUCCUAAGAAAGGUGAUGUUGCUAGGAGCAAAGUAAUAUUACAGUCAUUGGUUAUGUUUACCCUUGUGAGAGAGUCCUGUGAGGUCAAAGACGCUUAGCUGGUUGAGGGAGGCAAAGACAGAUCCAUCUAUGACCAUUUGGAUUCUGAUGGGCGGGGAGUUCUUUCUUCAUGUAGAUGUAAACCAUAGAGAGUGAAACCAGACACAUAGUUUUACUGUAUAUUCUAACAAUGGUGCUCUUUUCAUACUUGUUCUACCAAUAAGUGGAGACCCUUUUAACCAGGCUGUUACACAGAAGAGUUUUAUACUGCUUUGGUUUCUGUACCUUGUGUGUUCUUUUUGUAUAUGAAAGGAUUUAAAAAAAAAAAACUUGCUUCAGCAAUUAGCAAUGGAACCUUCUUUGUAACCUAUUAGAAGUGCAUAAGGAAAGGUCCCAAGAGACUCUGGCAUCAAUCUGUCCCUGGUUAUUUUUAUCAAAGUAUUGUAUUUACCAAAGGAGUCUCAGCAAAAGAUUACUGCAAAUAACUAGCCAAAUGUUGCAAGGCUUUUCUGCUAAGUCUUUGCGAUGUAGUUAUUCUACAAAUAUUCCAAAGCCAAGGAGAGGUUAGGAGGGAGAAUGGCAAAAGGGGAAGGCUGUAGGAAACACCCUGGGGAGAUGAGACAGGGCAAUAAACUUAAAUGAUCUCCUAUCUAGAGAGAGACCCCAGCAAAAACCUAGAUCUAAACACCCAUGGUAUAGGGAUGUUCAAAAUCUGGAUCAGAAUCCAGAUUGGGCAAAUGGCCUCUCUAUAAUGGUGCGAACCAAAAACCCAGGGGUGUUUGAGAAGCAGAUCGUGUUUUAUAUUCUAAGCAGAAACCAUCCUACCCCAUUAGAAGGAAUGGAACUGGAUGCUUGGAAUAAUUUGUGGCUGAUUGUUCUUUUACCUUGUUUCCUGCUUAGUCUUUUUGUGACUGCUUUGUUUGCAAGGCUUCUUGCUACUGAGUAGAAGACACCUCACCUUCCCCCCCCCCCCAGUUAAUAGUAUGCGGUGUUUAUACCAAGAGGCAAAAUAUCAGGACUGUUAACAGGAGCAGUUGGGCUCUGACCACACUCACCACAAUGAAGAUGUACUCAGAGUAUGUAGCAAUAACAAGAAUUUAAUCCUGUACAUUUCAUUGCUUUUCUUCUGCUCCUCUCCUGCAAGCCUUUCCCUGGACAUUGAGCAGAGAGAGGGAUCCCAAGGCUGACUUAGACAUGAGAAUGGCCUCCAGUGUUGGCAGCACCUCCCACCAGCCAUAGACCAAAUUAGGAAACUCUCUACUUUAAAAUGACACGGCUGAUCAAUCCUAGCAUCACAUUUAAUCAAGCGGCAGGGAAAGCAUGUUGCAGAGGGUGGGCUCACCUGUGAGAGGCACACUCUUACAGAAAUGUAUUGGUGCAGGGCCGAUGUAUGGUAGCUAUACUGUAUGAGGUCCCAUAUGAGGAGAGAUUAGAGGCUAGGACUUUUCAGCUUGGACAAGAGGAGACUAAGGGGGGAUAUGAUGGAGGUAUAUAAAAUCAUGAGUGGUGUGGAGAAAGUGAAUAAGGAAAAGUUAUUUAUUUUUUCCCGUAAUAAAAGAACUAGGGGCCACCAAAUGAAAUUAAUGGGCAGCAGGUUUAAAACAAAUAAAAGGAAGUUCUUCUUCACACAGUGCACAGUCAACCUGUGGAGCUCCUUGCCUGAGGAGGUUGUGAAGGCUAGGAGUAUAACAGGGUUUAAAAGAGAAAUAGAUAAAUUCAUGCAGGUUAAGUCCAUUAAUGGCUAUUAGCCAGGAUGGGUAAGGAAUGGUGUCCCAAGCCUCUGUUUGUCAGAAGGUGGAGAUGGAUGGCAGGAGAGAGAUCACUUGAUCAUUGCCUGUUAGGUUCACUCCCUCUGGGGCACCUGGCAUUGGCCACUGUUGGUAGACAGGAUACUGGGCUGGAUGGACCUUUGGUCUCACCCAGUAUGGCCAUUCGUAUGUUCUAUAGCUAGUUGAUAACCUACUGGGUCCUUUCACCUCCCCUGCCAAUCCCUCCCCCCUACAACCCACCUGUUGCUUCCCAACUAUGUAUGGGCUUCAUUUGAGAAGAUAGGGACUGUGAAUGAAGGAAGCACUAGGCAUUUUAGUAGGUUUUGAAUGCAGAGGUGGGAAAGCAAUAAUGUGUGAGAGAAAAUCAGCCUGAAGUGAAGCAGCUCCAGGUCUCAGUUCAGUCAGGUCUCAGGAUUAAGCAUGCAACCUCCUCCCUACUGUUUGCUCCAGACACCUGCACUAUGACAGCCAGAGAUCAGGCCCACAUAGGAGCAAGGGCUAGAAAAAACACACCAGAGUUUCUAGUGUGUCCUUGUGGAGGAAGCUAGCAGGACAGUGGGUGCAGGCUUCCUGUUGACCGGGAGGAGGAGGGAACCGCUGUUGCCUCGGCUAGAGGGCUGUGAUAAAUGGGGGAUAGUUUGAUUCCCUCAGGGACUCAAGUUAUCCCACAGAGCUCUGUCCCUGGACGCAGCCGUAGCGCAGCCCCUGGCACUAUGUUGUGACCACUGAAGAAAACAAGCGCUGACUUUGCUGGGACUGGCAUGACUCAGGAGCCCCCUGUGAUUGUAGGUUUGGCUGCUGUGUGUUGGAGUAAUAGCUGUAACAGUCAAUAGGUUCCUAUAGAUACCUAUGGUGGGCCAGGCUGUGCUCAGUGCACGAUUCUGGGAGGGGUGGGGAAAUAUGGGGCUCCAAGCUAAGCCACCUUUCUGCUCUCCUGAUUCUGGAGCUGGCCAAGUGCCAGUUCGCCCCUCUACAUAACUUGGAGGGGCCCAAAGACUAGUGGCUGGACUGGUGGCCCACAGAUGGGUUUGCCAGCUGUAGAUUCCUGGAGUUUGGUGUGCUCUGGCCACCCCUAGCUUUGUUCUCAGGAAUGCCCCCUACAGAGGGGAGAGUGAAUGGCACAGAGCCAGCAGCACCCUUCUUUACCACCUAGGGAUUCCUCCUACAGCUCUCAGAGCAGCACUGUCUCCAAAACAUCAUGAAUGGGUUUGGGGACAGGAACUGGCCCAGGAUAGAGAGAGAGAGAGGAAGCAGUGGUUUGCAAGUGUGGUUCCACCAGUCCAGUAAGCGCUUGCCAAUACUGAUGAGAAUUGGUGACGCAUGGCCUGCUAAAUACAGUGCUUGUGAUAUGUAAAGCACUUUUUCACCUGGGUGCAACUCCCAGAACAUUAGGAUGGUGAGUGUUGCAAUUUUGUCACUUACCUGUGGCUUAUUGUGCGGUUUAGGCUUGAUUACCAAGGGGGAUGGGUGCAUUAUAAGUCCCUAGACAGCGGAGGCCAAAGGCCAUAAUAAUGAGAUUGAUUUUAUUACUUCCUGCUCUGACACUCCUCAUGGGCUCACUCUUUCUUUGAAAAACAUAAUGUGCUAAUAGCUUCAGCCCAUGCUUUUGUGCUGUUGGGGUUGGGUGUAUCUCUCUCCCCCCUCCCAUACUUUCGAAGGUGUUUAUAGAGGGAUAGUUUCUGGCAAAGUCUCUUCACUGUUCUGCUCCUAAAACGCUGAUGUUUCCUUACCUUUCACAGAAAGGUUUCCCUCUGAUUAUCGGUACAGUAACUAGUCUAGUGCAUUAAGGGACAGUAUUAUAAACUUUUUUUUCCUGUCUUAAAUUUACAUUGGGGUAGAAUGUUCAGAAACACGAUUGCGCAAUGAGUGAUGAGGAGGAAAGAGCCUAUGCUGCAAAACCUGCCAAUCCAGUUGAGGAUAUAAUUGUUCAGCAAAACAAAAACAUAACUAGACUAAGAAGCUUACUGGUAAUUAGUAGCUAAUGUGUUUGUAACUAUCAUGUGCCUUAAAAUUUUCAUGGUAGGAAAAUAAACAAAAAAAAAAUCACCAAUGUGUUUUCUGUAAUACUACUCGACAUUAUCACUGUAGUUUAGAUUGGUGGGGCUUUGCAUUGUAUUUACACUGUACUAUAAACUGGAACACUUAGAAUGGUUUUAUUUUAAGAGUAAGACGGGGGGGAAUAAAAGGUGAAUUAUGCUUUCAUAGAACAAAUGUUACCAUAACAGAAUGUAUUAUUAUAGGAAUUUUCCAUAACACCGAUAAAUAGAAUGCUUGUUAGAAACCAGGUAUGUAGGAUAACAGUUUGGUGUGUUUUCAAUAAACCAUGCCUGGAAAGAA